AUGUCUGCCCAGACCACCAUCCCCAAGAUCCAGCUCACUGCUGAGGAGAUCGCCUUCAAGGCUGAGCACGAUGCCAUCACAUCCUACGAGGAGGGUUGGGACAACUGGGACGGUCCUCAGUGGCCCAUUGGCACUGUUCAGUGCUCCAUCCAGGCCAACUGGGAAGACCGCUCUGUCCCCCCUACACCCGCCGUUGAGGCCGACGAGCCUCAGUUCAAGAACUAG